UCUGGCGGGGGCGUCUUGCCGCCCUCAAGGACGUUGCCGAAGCUUUGCUUGAAUGGCCAGCAACAAUAACGUCGCAGCCAGCUCCUUCUGUAGUGGUGUCGGUCGUGCUCUCCACCAAUUUGGGUUUCUCGCGGUCUAUUGCAAUGGCGAAAUUGAGCAGAAAUUUUGGGAGUGUCUGGGUGUGUUUCAUGAUUGUGAGUGCUGUUUUGUCGGUGGGGGUGGAUGGGCUUCGAUCGAAUUUGAUCCGUCUGGCGACUGAGAGGGGGAAUGGCGGAGGAGAAGAUGUUGGGAGGAAGUCAAUUGCAGACCCACAUCUGAUCGUAAGCCUGCCCGGAGCGCCCAAAUUUCCCUUCUCCAUGCGGUCGGGGUACAUCACCGUGGACGAGAAGGCCGGACGUGCCCUGUUUUUCUGGUUCGUGGAAGCGGAUGUUCAGGACCCUGCCUCGGCUCCGCUCACCUUGUGGCUUAAUGGAGGUCCUGGAUGCUCCUCGGUUGGCGGAGGAAUGCUGAGUGAGCUCGGACCCUUUUAUCCGACUCGUGAUGGGGCUCAUUUGCUACCGAAUGCACAUGCAUGGAAUAAAGUUUCCAACAUGCUUUUUCUUGAAUCUCCAGCUGGAGUGGGAUUUUCUUACUCAAACACGACGACUGAUUACAAGACUGGUGAUAAGCGGACUGCUCAAGAUUCUUAUGCUUUUCUGCUCCGUUUCUUUGAGCAAUAUCCUCUAUACUCAUCAAGCAAGUUCUAUAUUUCCGGAGAAAGCUAUGCAGGUCAUUAUGUCCCCCAGCUAGCGGAUACCAUCCUGGAGGGUAACAAAGUUGGUUCGAACAAGAAGAUAAAUCUGCAAGGAAUGCUUGUUGGAAAUGCAUGGACUGACGCCAAUGUAGACAACUUUGGAGCUAUAUUUUUCUGGUGGACUCAUGCUCUUGUUUCUGAUUCCACCUUCAAAGGAGUCGUGAAAAACUGCAAUUUUUCAUCUGUUGGACCGCUUCGAAGUGAGGCAGAUGAUCUAUGCGACAAAUAUGUGGAUAUUGCGAACAAUGAACUGGGUAACAUCAACAUAUAUGAAAUCUACGCAGACAUUUGUGUAUCUGCCCAAGCUCAGGCUGAAACUCGUCAUUUUGGCAAGCAGUUAAGCCGCACCCGAUUCGGUGGACUCUCCACUCGACCUCUGAUGAAGGACUCAUACGAUCCAUGUGUUGAUGAUGAGGUGGAGGUUUACUUGAACAGGCCAGAGGUGCAGGAAGCCUUGCAUGCCAACACUACUCAUCUGCCAUGGCGAUGGACUGACUGCAGUGAGAUUGUGGACUAUUCGUUCGACGACCUUCUGUCAAGCGUCCUUCCUGUUUAUCACAAUCUACUGGAGUCCAAUAUUAAAAUAUUGGUAUUCAGUGGCGAUGUGGAUGCUAUUGUUCCUGUGACUGGCACCCGCACUUGGCUUAACUUGUUGCCACUGAACAUCACCGAGGCUUGGAGACCAUGGACUGUCGAUAAUCAGGUUGGAGGCUAUGUCACAAAGUACGAUAAGCUUACAUUUUCCACUGUUAGAGGUGCUGGGCAUAUGGUGCCAUACACACAACCAGCUCGUGCUCUACACUUGUUCCAGUCCUUCAUCAACAACACGCCCUUGUAGAUUCCAUGUUGCACACGCUCUGGAAGGAUGUAGUCGGUGCUGCCACAUCUAUUGCACCCGUUGUAAGCCGCAGUCAUGGCACGUGGGUGGACAAGGGUGUAUAUGCUGAUGCUAAAAUGUAGCUAGUGGGAAGCAACUUAUUUCCGUCACUCUUGGCUGUGAAUAGCAAAUUUUCUUAUAACUGGAUCUUUUUCAUGUAAAGCUUGACUUGGCCUGAUGUUGCGUA